AUGGCACCUUCAAUUGCCCAGACGCUGUGGGACGCCCGUAUCCCGCUACACGUCACGCACGCCUCAUCACCCGCCGCCCCGUUCAUCACCAGCGUCCCACGCUUCUCCUACCUCGCACUCCUGCUCCCCCGACUCUCCGCCUUCUUCGGCUCGGCGUGCUCGAGUUUUCACUUUGAAGAUGUCCAGCUGAGGAAUCUGGCAGUAGGCCUCUUGGUGGACUUGUACCAGCCCACGCUGCCGUUUCGGCUGGUCGUCGGUGACGGAGUAGGGUGGGAUAUCGGGGACACCUUUUUGAACUGUGUCAAGGAGGCAGACUUUGUUCGCAACGGCAACGCGAACCAAAUCAUGAAAAUGUCCAAGGAGCACACCACCCAGCUGUGGAACGCAGUCAUCGACAAUGACCACGGGUUAUUCGCCAAGGUCAAUACGAGGCUGUUGAAUGCGCCUACCAGCCUGAAGCACGUUCCCGUGCGGGUGUACAUCCCCUCUGCGCCGGAGCACCAGGACCCGGCUGUGUCUGGGGACGCCGGCUCCUUCAGGAUCGUGCAGUCCCUCGUGCCGGCGGCAAGUGCUGACCGCAGGCCAAAGCUGCUGGGCCAGGCGCUCAAGGACAUGAUGCCGAAAUUGUUCCCGAGCAGUAGGGACCCCGUGUUGGCCGGGGUGGUUAUGCAUGGCGCCGGUGUGCCUUUUGAUGCGCCCUUGGCGGAUCUCAUGCGGGAGGCGGCGUAUCCUGACGGUUGGCUUUGCUUGGUGGUGACUGUUUAG